UUCCCUCUAGCAUCUGUAGCUUUUCUUUGCCUGCGAUUUCUUUAUGCCACGGCGCUGAGCCGGAAGGGUUAUUUCUUAUCGCUCCUCUUUCUUUGCACAUCUGGCUGCACCUUGCAGCCCCCAUCCCCUCCUCAUGCGCUGGAAUUGAGACCUAUUUCCAAAGAUCAGGAUCCCCCAGCCUGCAGCCUGCUUCCAGGAGGGGGACCGUGAAAACAGGAGCUGCUGUGAUGCCUGCUUUUGUCGAAAUCGUAGCUGGCUUCUUUCUGUUUCUGUCCCUUUUUCCUCUCCAGUUCCAGGACUUUGAGUAGAUGCAGAAAGAUGCAACUGACUAAAGUGGGAUUGUCCGCUGGCAAAGAUCUGUUUCCUUGAAAGGCAGGAGAUGGGGGUGGAGGACACAACUUCCCUGGUUCAUCUCAGGAAAUUCAAGAGCAAACUGCCUGAUAAAACACAUACAGGAGUAUUGUUCCACUUAUCCUGCAGAAGAUUUUCUGAUCUGCAAGGUGAUUUCCACUGAAUAUCACUGGGUGGCUGCAGAAAAGCAAUUUUCUUCCAGAAGGGCAGUGGAAUAUCAAGGCAGCAGAUACGAUGAAUCCAGCGGCCUGCUUGAGAGAGAGAGACAGCUGAUAAGCAAAUGGCCACAUGAUUAUGCAGACACCCCACCAUGCCUCUAGUAGACUGGUUCCUCCGCCACUCAUUUACCAUGUGGCUGCUUCUCCAGAGCUUUGUUCUGAUGACCUUUUGUUUCCAUUCGGCCACUACCUUUUCCAAGGGCUGCUACUACGCAGAAGAGGGCGGUUACAAAACCUUCCGGUGCAGCAACGCUCAACUCACAGAGGUCCCUAAGGACAUACCAAACGACACUAACAAGCUCUACCUGGAUUUCAACCAGAUUGCCUUCCUCCCCAUUGACGCCUUUCGGAACUUGCCAGUCCUGCUGGAGCUGGAUCUGUCUCACAAUGCCAUAGUCAGGAUAGAGAGUGGAGCUUUCCGGGGCUUGUUGGAGCACUUGCAUUCCCUGGACUUGUCCUCAAACAAGCUGGUGUCAGUCAAUAAGGAUGUCUUUAGCAAUCUGAAGGCCAAGGUCAAUCUCUCCAGCAACCCUUGGCUGUGCGACUGCAGGCUCCAGGAGCUGAUCAGGACAGUGGACCUGGUUGCUGGGUCCUCUGGGAGCAUCGUCUGUGACUCCUCUGCCAUGGAGGAGCAUGUUGGCAAGCCCUUCCUGCAAGUGGUCACAGACAUGGACUUCUGCAGCGUUUACAAAAAGACCACGGACAUAGCCAUGCUGGUCACCAUGUUCGGCUGGUUCGCCAUGGUGAUCUCCUACCUGGUCUAUUAUGUCCGCCAGAACCAAGAAGAUGCCCGUCGGCACCUUGAGUACCUGAAGUCCUUGCCCAGCAAGCAGAGGAAGUCAGAAGAGUCCUCCACCAUUAGCACUGUGGUGUGACUGAAAAACCGCUCCCUCCUGCCCCAACCCCAGCAAAUGUAGAACCCCUGGGGAAGUUUGUGGAAAGACCCCUGAUGAGUUUCAUGGGUAUUCAAUCAGCUCCAUAGACACACAAAGCCUGAAGAGGCUUUUAGUUAACAACAAUAACAACAAAAUUAGUUUUUCUCUUUAGAAAUCAAAGAGACGGUUUCAGGAGACCCAGACCUGCCUGUUCAGAACAAAACAGGAGCAAGGAAGGCUUGAGCUCUAUCCACAAUUCUGCAGAACAAGAGCCAACUGGGCUGUGAUCUAGAGCAAUUAGUGAGGGCUCAGCGGCACCACGAGGGAUUUGGGCAUCUGUUUAUUGUGUUGAAUAACAGAGGGAAAAGAAAAGAAACGAAACCCAGUGUGUCUCCUCAAGCAUACAGUAAUUACUCAGAUGAUUCCCCUUUCAGACGUUAAACUUAAUUUUAAAAGAAUUUUAUAUACUUUACAGGAAUCUAUUAAGGUGUUAACAAAAAAUCAG